GAACGCCUUGGGUGGUGAGCGCUGCCCGGUCGGCGCCGGCGUCUCCCGCGCUCCCGGCCGGGGCCAUGGAGGCCGCGCUGCUGUGGUUCUGCAACUGGAGCACGCUGGGCGUGUGCGCCGCGCUCAAGCUGCCGCAGAUCCACGCGCAGCUGGCGGCGCGCAGCGCGCGGGGCCUCAGCCUCCCGAGUUUGCUCCUGGAGCUGGCGGGGUUCCUGGUCUUCCUCCGCUACCAGUGUUACUAUGGGAACCCACUGCUCACCUACCUGGAGUACCCCAUCCUCAUCGCGCAAGAUGUCGUCCUCCUGCUGUGUGUCUUUCAUUUUAACGGGAACGUGAAGCAGGCGGCGCCGUACCUGGCUGGAUUCGUGCUGUCAUGGUUCCUCCUCGGCCUGCACAAGUGGAUCAUGGACCUGGCCAUGAACUUGAGUACAUUCAUCGGCGCCGCCAGUAAGUUGGCUCAGCUCCAGUGUCUGUGGAAGGCGCGGGACUCGGGGGCCGUGAGCGCGCUCACGUGGGGCCUGUCGGCGUACACCUGCGCCACAAGAAUAGUAACAACCUUAAUGACUACCAGUGAUUUCACAAUACUGACACGUUUUGUGAUCAUGCUCGCUUUAAAUGUAUGGGUGACAGCGACAGUACUGCACUACCGGAAGCCUGCCGUAAAGGCUGAGUGACGGAUGUUAUCCUACGCAGAAAGUGGAACAGAAGGAAAAGCACCAAAGUCUUCUCUAAGAUCAGUAAUCGCUCGUGGCUAGGUGCAGUGGCUGUAAUCCCAGCACUCACGUAGGAGGAUCACAAAUCCCAGUGCAGCCUGGACUACACAGUAGAUAGACCAGGGGAAGGAGGAAGGAGGAAGAGCUACUUAAGUACUGGUGUUAAAACUCCCAACUCUCCACCCCUACCCGCCCUCUGCUCACUCUAUAGCCCAGGCAGAAUUAGGGUCCUUCUGCCUCAGCCUCCUCAGUGCUGGAAUUACAGGCUUUGCCUCCUGACAUAGCUUGACAUCUGCCAAUAGCUCAGAGUUGCCCAAGAAGGCCCCCGUGACACCGUGACACCGUCUCUUGGAAGAGCCAACUACAAUGUAGCAUUCCAAAUCUUUUAAAAAAUAGCCUCUCAGCUGGGCC